CGAUCGCUACUCGCGCCCGCCCGCCUCGAUCGGUAGGUCAGGCCACGAUGAUGCGCCGUCGCGGCCUCCGAAGCUUCUGCCACGGCGUCGCCUCCACGUCCACGGUGCAGCAGCUCCACGGAAAGGAGCAGCUGGCCGGCGCCGCGGGCGCGGGCGCGGACGCUGCGUCCUCGUCCUUCCUCACCGUGCCGCCGUCGGUGGUCGGCUCGUGCGUGGCCGAGACCGAGGUGAGCGGCACGGGCACCGGUGGUGGCGCGGGCGGUGGAGGAGGACCGGCGGUCACGCUGGAGGAGAUGAUCCUGCAGCUGGACCUGGAGGAGGAGGCGGCGAGGAAGGCGCGGCGAGCGGCGGCGGCGGCGGGGUACGGCGGGGAGGAGGAGGGGUGGUGCCCGCGGCGGAUGUCGUGCGUGGACGGCGGGGGCGGCGGCGGCCCGGCGGACCACGUGCUCCGGUCGGCGCGGGACGCGCUGAGCCAGUACCCGCGCUUCUCGCUCGACGGGCGGGACGCCAUGUACCGCGCGUCGUUCAGUGGGUUCUACGAGGGCAUGGGCCGCGGCGCCAGCGCCGCCGGAAACUACAGCCGGCCGCGGGCGUCGGCGUGCUGCGCCGCCGGCGCGGGGUGCGCGGCGCUCGCGUGCGGCGCGGGGGGAUACGAGAUGGACCUGGAGCGGACGCUGCGGAUGCCGGCCACGGUCGCCGGGGAGAGCGUCGUGUGGUGCAAGCCCGGCGUGGUGGCCAAGCUCAUGGGGCUGGAGGCCGUGCCCGUGCCGAUCAGGGGAGGGCUCCGGCGGAGGAAGGCGAGCGGGCAUCCGGCCGCGACGUGCGGCGGCGGCGGCGGCGUCAGGAAGCAGAGGCUGAGGAGGACGGUGCAGGAGGAGCUGGCCUUGAACAAGGAGAAGCUCUUCAUGGCGCUGCAUGGCUACGACGUCGCCGGGGCGGGCGCGCGACACACGCUGGCACCCUCCGGUCCGGCGCGGGACCCGAUGUCAGUGGCAUGGGCAACGACGGCCAUGGAUGGGAGUUCCGGCUUCGCCGUUGACGGGUGACUGGUUGAGGAUGCAGAAUACGUGGCUGCUAGCACAUAAACUGGUGUCGAACUGGUUUCCACAAGAAAAAACAGGGUCGAACUUUGGUUACAACUAAUAUAUGUUUAUACAGUUUUCUCACAUGAAUAAAUCUUCUUGUAGUAUUGCCCAUAUAUCUUGGAGUAUUUCGCGUAGAUUUUGCAGAAAAUGUUGUAUAAGCUAAGAUAUGUAGGUUUCUUUUUCCGUUUAGAGCUUUUUAAAAAAAGAGAGAGAGAGGAAAUGUUGGAGGUAAAGUUUAAAUGCUAAA